GUUUGGACACGCUUAGACACAUUUGUGUCUUGUUAUAAAUACCCUUAGAAUGGUGACUUCGGUAUUUUUCUAUUAUGCAUUAAUUUUCUUGUUAAACUUGUAUUGUGUAAAAUCUGCUGAUACACAGUAUAUGAAGACAUCGAUUCGGAAUUAUUUUUCUAAUACCAGACAUCACGAUCCUAAAUACAAAGACUAUAAAUAUGCAGCCAAAGAAUAUAUUUUUCGAGAAUUCUUAAGAUAUGGACUUCGAACGCAAUAUCAUACAUUCAAUGAGUCUUCUGUAUCAAGAAUUGAUUAUUUCCAAUCAGUUAUUGGUAUAUCAAGAGGCAUUAACUUUGGAACAGCAAAAGACCGGAUUAUUGGACUAGGUGCACAUUAUGAUACAGUUAAAGAAACCAAAGGAGUUGAUGAUAAUGGAGCAGGAGUUGCAGCCAUGUUAGAAGUUGUCAGACAAUUGACUGAUAGGAAUAGGAAUGGUGUCAAAAGGGAAAAUACAAUGAUUUUUGUAGCGUUUGAUUUGGAAGAAGAUGGAUAUUGUGUCCCACCGCCAAGUUGCAAACUUCCUGGUAUGCCAUUGGCUGGAAGCCGACAUUUUGUCCAGAAAUGGCUACCUGCUUGGUUACGUAUAAAUUAUGGCAAUAAUAUACCGACAGGAAUGCAUGGUGUAAUUAUAUUGGACACUAUGAUGGAAUAUAAUACCUCGGCCAGAUCUCAGAUGAUUCCACCAGAUAUUAUACCCCAGUUUAAAGAAGCAUUUCCAAAAGCCUAUGCCAGUAUAGCUUCUGACAAUUUCCAAGGAGACUUUCUUAAUUUGAUAUACCGAAAACAAACUAACGAUUCAUACUUAGCUGCAGAAUUUCUUACGUCUUGGAGAGAGCUGGGGAAACCGCAAUAUGAAAUUGAAUCUCUUCCUCUAACUUUUAUAAAGUUUAGCGACAUACCAUCUGAUCUACAAAGUGUUCUGAUUAACUUCAUACGUAGUGAUCAUGGGAACUUUUGGGAAAGUGAUCUAAAUGAGAAAGGAUUACCAGCCAUCUGGUUGACGGACUCAGCCAAUUUUCGGGGUGAUAUGAUACAAUGUUAUCAUCAUGAAUGUGAUAACUUGCAAGUUAUGCUGACCGAUGAAAAUAUCAAUUUCCUUGGGAAAACUGCUGAUGCUAUCGUUACGACGAUACACAAACUUUCAGGACCAUCGGGAUCCGGAAUAAAAGAUGAUUCUUCCCAUAAAGGUAUCAGUGCAGGCGGCAUUUUUGGAAUAAUAAUAGCAGUUAUAGUACUACAGAUUCCUUUAAUUGUGGCAUGCAUAAUGUGGAGGAGAAAUAAGUCAAAUAAUGAACAGAAGAAUUCAAAUGAAUUUGAAAAUCCUUCUUAUGGAAACAAUCAAUAAGACGGAUGGGGGAACGUGUGUCCGGCCAUAACUUUGUUUUGUUUAACAAUGCUGUCAACGAUAAAGCGUUCCAAUGAACUAACUUUUAACAUAUAUCAAACUCCCUAUAUCUAUGUUUACAGGUAUGGUAUAAUUGUUGUAUCCUUUAAAUUGUAUUAUACCUUUUACCGGUGCCAAGUUGUUAUAACCCUGAUAUGUGAGAGCAAUACUGUGGAUCCAAUAUCAUUCGUGGGAUACCAACUUUCGAUGAUUUCCUUGGUAAAGAUUAACCAAGUAUUUCAAUAUUCAUCUUCUAUAGGCAUGUGUGAAGACUUUCACAUAACCAAAAAUCAAAUAUAAACGAUUUUUUUCCUCCAUCUACGAAAAAUUAUACCCACAAAAAUGUUUUAAUUCAAAGAAAUGUGUUUAAUCUGCGACUUAGUUUAUUUUUUUAAACGGCAGCAUAUUAUUGAGAGUCAUCGAAGAAAGAUAAAGAUUCUUUGCUUUUUGAAACACUUUCAACUUGCGUGUGUUAUUGUGUGUGUGUUCCAUAUUGUGUCUUAGAAUAUUAUAAAACAAACUAUGCAAAUUAGUUUUGACUUCUCAUGAAAGAUAAUGUGCGUGUGUGCAUUUAACUGUAAUGCAUAUGCUUGGGUCCAUUCAAAUACGCAUACUAAAGGAAAAUUGGGCAUAUAAUUUCUGGAUUUCAUCAUUAGACUAGAACAUAUUGUAAAGGAAAACAACAUGACAAAUAUAUUUUUUUUAAACUCAGUGCAGCAAUUGCAAGUAACCAAUUAAAACAAUAUGUGACUAGCAAUCAUAACAAACUUUUUCCAUUGUCAAUCAUUCAAUUUUGUUAUGCAAAACUUCAGCAAAAACCAUAAAGACGUUACAGUAUGAAUACAAAACUGGAAAGCCUUUUUAAUCGGCCAAGCAUGCCCUCAAAUUUCAAAAGAAUGAUAAACUGUUGGAUUAAUGUUUUGACUAACACACAUGUUACUUCAUAAGGCUUCCGCUUCAAUAUUUGGCAAAGAAAUGUUUUACAUUUAUAUGAUAGUUUUAUCUGCAAAAUUAAACCAAGAAAGGUCAAGCAAUAACAAAAACCACAAUAAUAAAAAGUACAUAUGCACCCAAACAUUUUCCUUGUUAUGGUGGAAUAUGUAAGUAAAUCGAUCUAAACUGUCACGUAACAGUGAUUGGUCUUUAGUAUAAUUGUUACGUAUGUACCUUUUCUAAUAUAUACUUAUUUUAUCGGAAAGUUAACAAGCGAUGAAACAAAAAAGCUCGUACAAAAUGAAGUACAUAAAACCGGAAGUGAGACUAGGCCUUACAGUCUUCAAAAUCUUGAGCACGAUUAUCGAACUCACUGAGAAAUCAAUUAAUCGAAAAACUGAAUUUGGUCUUUUUAGUAGAAAUGUUGUACUCUAAAUGCUGUGUAAUGUUUCAUGACUGUAGAAACAGGUACCCCGAAAGGUUAUGUAUCUUCUGCAAACUUACUGAUGAGUCUUUUGUAGACGAAACACGUGUGUGGCGCAAAUUCAAAAUUUGAAUCCUGGUAUCUAUAAAUUUAUUUAUUUGUUUUGGACUAAACUUUUGUUUUUAAAUAUUUUAAGAUCAGCAACAUAAGUAUAUAAACAAAGAAAGUUUUAUCAAACGACCUAAAUAUUCAAACUUGAUACUGGCAUUCAAAUGUUCACUGGUAUUUCAAAGAAUCUCUUUACCUCAUCAAUUAUAAACGGAAUCCAAAGGUAACCCAAGUUUACGUCAACAAACAUCAAGCUAGACCAAAGUAUCAACA